AUGUCGACAAUAUUCGAGCCCUCUCUUUCAACGAGCGCCAUGCGCCCUCCACUUUCCAGCGCUGACGCACCUUCAAUGGCCGACUCGCUCCCCAGCAUCAAUUUCGGCUUCGACGAGCUGCGCGACAGAAUGGCGAAGUUUACAAUGAGAUUCGAUACUUUCAUAGAGCAAGGCCGGAAGCGUGUAUUGCAGGAAAGGAACCAGUUUCGCAUGAAUGUUGCUGAGCUUCAAGAGGAUCAGCGCAUGAAAAAGAAGGAUAUCGAAAUUAUGACCUCGAAGAGCAACUCUCAUCAACAAACACUGGCCAAGGAAGCCGCCGAGACGAAUGAGAUGCAAGCUGCUAUUGCUUCACUCAGCGUACAACGAGAUGCCCAUCUAGCUAGCAAGGAGACUCUCAAACAACAAAUCGCCGAGACACAGAAACAAAUUGAUGCGAAGUUGGCAGCACAGCGAGCUUAUGCGAAACAUCUAGACGCCCAGUCACGCUUCAAUAUCCCGGAAUUGGACUUUUGGACCUCGACCUUGUGCAUGGAGAUUGAAGGAGCCGGACAGAACGAUAGAUUGAAGUUCUCUUACUCACAUAUCGAUGACCGCGACUGGAAGAGAGAGGCGUUCUUCGAGCUGGAUACUUCGAAAAGGGAAUACGAAAUUGCUAGCUGCAAACCAAAGCUUGAGCAGGAAAAGGUUGACAGGAUAGUGGAUCAAUUGAAUGAGAUUAGGGACUUGCGUCUUCUGUGUAAAGGGAUGAGGGAGCUUUUCGUGGAAGCUAUGAAGGUAUAA